AUCCUCACCUCUUCAUUUGUGUCCGGUGCAGCGGUUCCGGAUUCCGCGGAAUCCGUUCAUGAGCGAUACACAGCAUUCGAUCCGGAUGAAUGUGACUCGUUUUCGGAUCGUUGGUACACGGACGACCGCGAUGAAGAUCCGCAUUCCUAUGCAUGGGAAGAAUACUUCUCCGACUUCGUUCACAAGGAAUCACGGUCCUAUUUGGACACUAUCCGUGAGGAGUAUGAACGCCGUCAACGGUCGGGCACCUCGCGUCAAUCACAAACCACUCGUCCCGGUAUUUCCUCUGAGUCUGCUGACCGAGCUCGCGAAGAUUUUCUCAACCGUCAUCAAGAAGCGCUUAACAAAAGGACGAAAUUUUCCGCUUCAGGAAUUAUUUCUGACUCCAGUUUAUCUGCUUUUAAACAACAGUGGACUGUGUUCGAGUCUUCCACAACUGAGAUUCGAAAUGCGUCGAUGAUUCCCUGGCCACCGUUUUGCGGUUCCAUGUGCUCGUCGGGCGAUCGUGCAUUAUCAGCUGAGCGUCGAAUCGAAACAGUGCUUCAUUUUGUGCAUCAGAAGUUGGACGAACUUCGGCGGCUGCAAAUCCAAUGGCAUCCGGAUCGGUUCGCAUCCCGUAUUGGCAAGCGUUUGCAUGCAGAUAUCAAGGACUGCGUGAUGCAAAGAGUUAAUGCCAUAUCACAGUUGCUUAAUACAGCAAUGGACAAAUUGCGCGGCAAAGAUUGA